GGGAUACGACUAGUGCUGCUAUCUAUCGACUAAUAUUGGAAGUCAACGACUUGCGUUUAUAAAGCAACUUAGAUUUGGUAUCUGUGUGUGUUCCAUUCAUUUCAACAAAAUGUCGAUUACUGCUUCUUUUCCACUACACAGUAAAUGUCAAGUCCACGUCGAGUCCUCGGAAUCCGCCCAAUUCGUAGAAAUCCUCACGUAGUAUAUCUUUAUUUUGUGAAAUCCUCUCAUCACAGUAAAAUCGAAAAGUAUAGAUCGUACUGUGUUCUAAAGACAUUUAUGUUUUCCAUUAGUUUGGGAUUUGCGACGUGUUCAGGGUCCCAUCAUGUUUACGAAUCGUUAGUUUUACUUAGGUUUAUUAUUUAUCCUUAACCACUAUACGUUGUUGACUAAUAUUCAGUGACACUGUUACUUUAAAUGCAUUAUACCAUGGAAGUGAAUCCCUUGAAUAUAUUUUUUGUGAAAUCAGACAGUAAGGGUGACAGACUGCUGUUUAGAUAUCCUUAUAAAACGGAAAAUAAGGAUGAAAACAAGCAGAAGAGAAGUGGCCGUCACAAUCCAUACGCAAUUAAUUCUACUGAAGAUUUAUUGCAAAAUACACAGUCGCAGACAUCGAAUAUUUGCAAAGGCCAACUCAGCGGUUUCACUGAUGAAAUGUUGUCAACACUAUUUGCGGUGAAGGCAGAGCUAUGUAACAGAAAGUUUGAGCUGAAGGUGAAUGACGUGCGGUUCGUGGGACAUCCUACUCUGCUGCCAUACAGAACAAACAAGGAUGACAAUGCUGCCAUGAUACUUAUCAACAUUGUUUUCGCUUUACAGGCAUCUGCUAGCCAUUCAAUUGUAAAAUGUUACUAUGAUUUGAGCAAACGACUGGGGAAAGCACUUAGACAUGAGGAGAAAAGAUGCUCUUAUUUGACAGAAGAAAUGAAAAUUAUGUUAGCAGCUCAUGAUGAAGUGUCAUCAUUAGAUAGUGAAUUGAAUGGAGAAAAUGAUGAGGAAGAAGACAAUCUCCGUCAUUCUGUUAGUUCCACCACGACGCCUACCGGUUUAGACACUGGACCUAAAUCUGCCUUCCAUCUAAUACUGCAGAGGAGUUCCUUAGCUAGGUCUAUGAAGAAAGUUUUUGAGGAACUGAGUAGUACUG